AUGGCGGCAGUGAUGCGGCGACACGAAUAUGUUAUGCCCGAACAUCCAAGCCUGCAAGACGUGGUCGUGGCCAUCAAGAUGGAACGUGAGGCCAGGGAGGCUGCGAUGGCCGACCAACAGAAGCAUUUGGACUGGCGCUUCGUGCACUUCGCGGAGGCGCCGAGUUUGCCAGGGGGCUCCUGA